AUGCCUGCCCAAGGAUGCAUCACUGCCGAGUUAUACGUCGACGGCCAACCUCUGAAAGAAUACUCCGACCCCGAGCGUGAAGCCGAAGAUGAUCACCGCAUGACCCGAUACGUGGAGGUCAAAGCAGGUCAGAGGUUUUCGGUGAAAGUGGCCCUUCUUCCGGGCUUCCAAUUCUUCACAGCGAGCGAUGUCCGCAUCGAAUUCUAUAUUGACCAGAACCACCACUGGCAAAGUUUCAAUUGCCCUUACGAAAGUGUAGUAACCUACAGAGCCGAGCUUCAACAUCGUGAGGAGGUUUGGUUUCACUCAAGCUUGAUGAAAGACGAAUUUACCGGACAAUGGGUCACUACAAGUUAUGGAUUCGGUCCCCUCGCUGUCGAUGGGGACGCUCCACUUCCGGAAAACCUCACCCCUUCCGAUAUCGACCUCUUAGGAUCUCUCCGGGUGUCAGUCUACAGAGCCAAGAAGAAGACCCUAUAUAAACCAUACGUAUGGGACGGGUCUACGCCCAAGCCUCUGGACGAGAUAUCGGAAAGGGCGCUAAAGGGCAAAGCGAUAAAACACAAUGUCAAGUAG